CUCUCUUCUGAGCUUUGGAAUGAACUGCUGAGGCAGCAGAGGACGGAGCCGGCAGCCAUGGCUCCCUCCGCCGCCGCCGCCGCCGCCGCCUCGCCGCUGUCCCGCCUCCUCCUCAGCCUACCAAGGCCCUGCACCGUGAAAGCAUCCUCCUCGUCCCACUCUCCUCCGAGCAGUAACGACGCCGUGGCCGCCAAGAACAGCAACCCCGGGGUCGCCGUGCUCCAGCUCCGCCGGCGCGAGGCCGUGGCCGCAGUGCUGUCCGCCGCCGUGCUCUCCCACGUUCUCCCCGCCGCGGCAGCCGCAGAGGCAGAAGCCUCCGGGGAGUGCCCGCUCGUGGUGGCGCCCAACGGGCUCGGCUUCUGCGACCGCGUCGUCGGCACCGGCGCCGCCGCCGAGCAAGGGCAGCUCAUCAAGGCGCAUUACACCGGGAGGCUGGAGGACGGCACGGUGUUCGACAGCAGCUACAAGCGCGGGAAGCCCCUCACCAUCCGCGUCGGCGUCGGAGAGGUGAUCAAAGGAUGGGACCAGGGCAUAGUGGGCGGCGAGGGGAUCCCGCCGAUGCUCGCCGGUGGGAAGAGGACGCUGAAGCUGCCGCCGGAGCUGGCCUACGGCGCGAGGGGAGCAGGGUGCAGAGGGUGGGAGCCGACCUCCUGCGUCAUCCCGCCCAACUCCACUCUCCUCUUCGACGUCGAGUACGUCGGCAAAGCCGCCGGCUGACCAUGAUCUCGAUCUCUCUCCGGCGUGCAGUACUCUGAUUGCCUUGUGGCGAAUUCAUGUACGCACGCACGCACGGUUCAGUUCAGACUUCAGAUUAUCAAACACAAAGUUCAGAGUUUCAGGCUAAAGAACAUUUCACAGAGAGGUUGAGCCACAUUUGUCAUUCAGAAAUUACAACAGCUUCAGUGACUGAUUUCAGUAUAAUUGUAUAAAUCAUGAUGGUACAGGAGAAAAUUGGAUAAUUGGGUUUCCAAACAUCCCACUUCGUAAUAAUGGGCUAACAGUGCAUUGGUGAUUAUUUAUCGUAGUAUG